AGUCAGCACUUUACGGAUAACACCAUUUCUUUCCGCAAACCACUUCUCACUAUCUGGAAAUGACAGCAACCUAAAAUCACAUAUCUUCGUUUGGAUAGAAACGACGUUAACGCAACUCGUUCGCGAUACAAAUUUUCUGGUCAGCAACCAAGUUUUUGCAACACUGAGCCCAGAAUUUUUAGUGCACUUGUGAGAGUUUUGAAGUAUUCAGGUUCUCCGAGCUGGAUUGUGGAGUAUAUCCCCUGUUGAUGUGAUAUGAACUUCAUCAUGCUCUUGAGGUGCGAGUAGAAAGUUUGUCAAUGUUGGAUUUGCAGUCACCAUCGAAGUUCCACGGUGGGAGCGACUGCAAAUCCGUGCAGAUCCCAAGAAAUUUGUGUUGGGUGUCAACAUUCUCUAAAAUCAUUUGAGACGGAUCGGGCGGUGCUCCUAGUGGACAGUACAAUUGGGAGGAUAGCCUGAGGACUCAUCCUUGCUCAAGCAUGGAUAGGAAGAAGGACACCCUCGACAAACUGGUCAUAUUUUUGGCAAAACGAGACGGAAUUGACAAGCUCGUCAAGACCUUCCAGUACGUCGGGAAGCUCGGCCACUACAACCUAGAACGCAGAAACCCACAACUCGCCGAUCGCUGCAAGAAGCUCGAAGUAGCAGCAGGCCUGAGCCGAAAGGCGUUCCGAACAGGCCGAUUCCUGACAGGAUUCAACGCACUCCGCACCACCACCUUCCCGGACCACAAGCUCCAGGUCCUCUCCAUCUUCGGUUAUGGUGGCGAGAUGGUCUACUGGUUUUUCGACCACUUCCUGUGGCUCUCCCGCGUCGGGGUGCUCGACCCGGAGCUCGCGCGCCGCAUGAGCUACAUCUCCGCGUUCGGGGAGGGCUUCGGCUACAUCUUCUUCAUCAUCGCUGACCUGAUCGUGAUCCGGCGGGGUCUAUUAGCCGAGGCACGCUACAAGUCGCAGAUCACGGAGCUCGAGGAGCUGCAGGUGAUGGGCGUGGAUCUGAAAGGCGACAACAGCGUUGCAACGCAAGUGAAGCGCAUCCGAUCGAAGAUCGCUGCGGUGCGAUUGCAACGAAUCAUGUCAGUGAUGUCGAUCAUCGCCAACGUCUCCGAUCUGAUCAUCGCUCUGGCGGAUGUCGAUCCCAAUCCUUUUGUUUGCCACCCCGUGACGUUGGGCAUCAGUGGGCUUGCGUCCGCAUGCUCAGGCUGGUAUAAGAAUUGGCCGGACUCGUAAAAUCUCUCGCAUCCUCUCCUCUCUCUUUUGUCUUUGUCUUUGUAGAUACUGUAACCGACUUUGCGCCGUGGGUUUGUAACAACAUUAAAGUCGCGUCAUCUUAUGCUUCUGGACCAAUUUUCUGUACAUGUGUAAGGUUUGCUCCCUUAAUUUUCUUCAGAGCUUGUUUGAAAUCAGGACACUUUGUGUCACAAUUCGUCAGGUUCAUCUUGCGUUGGAUGAGUGUUGAAGGGUCAAUGCUAUUGUCCAAGGAAUUGUGGGCACCUGAAGAUGCUAUUUUGGACACUUUUGAACAAAACCAACAAUCUGUAAAUAAACAAACAAGUAUGAAACUA